AUGUCAACCCGCUACCCCGGCCGUGACGUCGACCCGUCACCUCUAGGCGCACCCCUCACAUUCCCCUUCUCCUCCGCCGUCGCCCCCAACCGUUUCAUGAAAGUCGCCAUGACAGAACGCAUGGCAACCUGGGAUCCCGACGACAUGAGCGCGAGCGGCAUACCAACUACCCAACUAUGCAACCUCUACGGGCACUGGGGCGACGGCGGCUGGGGCACUAUUGUAACGGGCAACAUCAUCGUGGACACGACGCACCUCGAAGCGCCCGGGAACAUGAUCAUAACCCCCUCUGACCCUUUCUCAGGCCCACGCUUCGAAGCAUACCAAAACCUCGCCAAAGCCGGCACACGCGGCGGCGCCGUAUUCCUAGGGCAACUAAACCACCCCGGACGGCAAACCGCGCAGGAACAUCAACCUAACCCCGUCUCCGCAUCAGACGUACAAUUAACAAAAGGAUACGGCGCCAUGUUCCACUACGGCAAGCCGCACGCCGCAUCAGCAGACGAAAUCCACGCUAUUAAAGCCUCCUUCAUCCACGCAGCCGUAUACCUCGAGCGCGCCGGGUUCUCCGGAAUCCAACUGCAUGCGGCGCACGGGUACCUAUUCGCGCAAUUUCUCUCCCCAACGACGAACCUGCGCACCGACGCCUACGGCGGCACACUCGAGAACCGCGCGCGUCUAAUCACCGAGAUCGCCGACGGAAUCCGCGCCGUCACAGGCCCCGGCUUCGUGCUCACCAUCAAGAUCAACAGCGUCGAGUUCCAAGACAGCGGGUUCGCGCCCCUAGAAGCAGCAAAUCUAGUCCAGCUACUAGAAGCGCACCGCUUCGACCUAGUAGAGCUCAGCGGGGGCACAUACGAGGCGCCAGCCUGGCACCACAAGAAGGAGAGUACUAGGCGGCGCGAGGCCUUCUUCAUCGAGUUUGCGGAGCUCAUAGUACCGCAUGUGUCUCUUGCGCGGUGCUUUAUAACAGGCGGGAUACGGACGGUCGGGGCGAUGGUAGAUGCUUUAGCGAGCGGGUUGGAUGGAGUUGGGCUGGGACGCCCGAGUACGACGGAGCCGAGGCUACCGUUAGAUGUGCUGAUGCAUGGGUGUAAGGGGUGUAUCAAGCCGCUGGUGGGCGAUACAAACGUCGUUGGCGAGCAGAACUCCUGGGCGCAUGGUGCUUCGCUGGCUGGUGCUCAUAUGCGCCAGAUAAGCCUCAACCAAGAUCCGGUCGAUCCGUCGGACCGUGUCGCAGCAGAUGCCUUCCUCGAGGGCUUUCGGAAUUAUUGUAUAGUCCAAGAAGACUAUCUUACGCGUACGGGCUUGUACUAG